UUUCCAAGUGACCUCUCUCUCCUUCCUGACCUGCCCGUCGCUUCCCUGUCUCUGCCAUGCGUUUCUUCGCUGCCUUCGCGGCUGCCACUGUCUUAUUGGCGGAACCUGUGCUUUCAGCACCAGGGCCGUCCUUGAAGUCGGUGGAAAGAUUCCCCGGACAGACCACCGGGAAAUACAUUGUCAAGCUCAGACCCGGUGUGUCGCGCAAGCAAUGGAUUCGCAAGCUCAGGCUCGCCGCCAACACCGUUAACUGGGGCCUCAUCAACGGGUUUGCUGGCAUUCUGAACGACCAGGCUCUCAACACCUUGAGAGAAUCUGAGGAUGUAGAGUACAUCACUGAGGACGGUAUCAUGUACACCAUGUCCCCUGUCACCCAGUCCGAUGCUCCUUGGGGUCUUCAAAGGGUCAGCCAGGCCGCGAGGCUCAGCAACACGGAUGUCGCUGCACUCGACUAUCAGUACACCUACGAUUCUUCGGCCGGUAGCGGUGUCGACAUCUAUAUUGCCGAUACCGGUAUACUGGUCUCUCAUUCCCAAUUUGGUGGACGAGCUCGAUGGGGAGGUACCUUCGGUGUCACAGGCACCACUGAUGGUCACGGUCAUGGAACCCAUUGCGCCGGCACCGCUGCUGGCGCCCAGUUCGGUGUCGCAAAGAACGCCUCUCUCAUCGCCGUCAAGGUUUUGACUGAUGGAGGAUCUGGAAGCAUUGCUGGAAUUGUCUCUGGCUUGGAUUGGAUUAGAACCCAAGUUGCCGCUUCUGGAAGACCCUCGGUUGUUUCCAUGUCCCUUGGCGGCAGUGCCUCGACUGCUCUUGACAAUGCUGUCGCCAGUUUAACGGCCGCUGGAAUCCACGUUACCGUUGCUGCUGGGAACGACAACAGGGAUGCUGCCAACACUUCUCCCGCAAGGACACCCUCUGCCAUCACCGUUGGUGCGACCGACAUUCAGGAUGGCAAAGCCUCAUUCUCCAACUUCGGCGCGGCCGUCGACGUAUUUGCACCUGGACAGAAUGUCAUCAGCGCAUGGAUCGGUGCCAGCAACUCGGCAACCAACAGCAUCUCUGGAACUUCGAUGGCCACGCCCCAUGUCGCUGGCUUGGUCGCGUACUUGAUCUCAAAGGACGGAAAUAUCUCUCCUGCUGCUAUGGAGGCCAAGAUCAAGGACCUUUCUGUCAAGGGAGCUGUCACUGGCCUUCCUUCUACAACUGCCAACAACCUUGCGCAGAUCGGCCCUCUGUAA